AUGGAAAGCAAAGUGAAGAAACUCUGCAAUUUACUUUAUGAGGAGUACAAAUGCGAGACAUGUGGGAACUAUAGCUAUGCAGGGAAGAGGGAUUUUGAGAGACUUUUUAACGAAUGGCGUCACCAAUUCGGAUUGCGUCGCACUGAGAAGCUCAACAGAAUAACUUCGAUUAAGGCUGAUGGGAAUAUUGGACCACUUGCUUGCUCACAAUCAACGGAUCAAGAAACCGAAAUGAAGAGUUCUAAUAAAGUUCCGGCGGGUGUAGCAAUUCCACCUCCAGAUAUUAGAAGUGUGGUCAAGAGAACCGAGCAUAUACUUUCAAUAAAAGAUUCGGAAGCUAUGAUCUUUAUCACUUCCUUCCAGCACAAGCUAGCCAAAUACCGCGCUCAGAAUCAAGAAUAUCCAGCUCGUGCUACUACACGUACCCAAUCUUGA